CUGACAUCCGCAUCCAUGGUUCCAUCAUCUCCCCCUCUUUGUCUUCUUCCCGCUCCUCCACAUCUCUCUUUGGUUCUCUGUCCACUGCAACUCCUCCCUCCAGGUCAAUCCACAUCUCCAUGGUUUAUUCAAACAAAAUGUCCAGAAAUCUCGCCAUCGUCAUCUGUCACGGCUCGUACCACUCUCCCGCCCCAUACCAACCACUGAUCCACGCUAUUCAGUCGCGCGGUAUCGACGCCUACUGCCCCCAGCGACCCACCUGCGACCUCGCCAACCUUAACGUCGGCACCGACCUCCACCACCCGGACUUCGAUCGUCCGCCCCCGGAGACCGGCUACCCCAGCGACACAGAAGACGUCGAUGCCGUUCUCGAUCUCGUCAAACAGCUGGUCCGCGAUGGCAAGCGCGUGCUACUCGUCGGACACUCCUCCGGCGGCUGGGUCGCCAGCCAGGCGGCCAUCCCCGCGGUGCAGGCUACCGCGGGUCAGACCGACGGAGUGAUCGGCAUCUUCUAUAUCGGAGCAUUUGUCAUUCCGGUCGGGGAGUCGGUGCAUAGCUUCUUCCAGCCGGCGGGUGGGGAAGUCAUCGCGCCGCCGUUUAUGGAGUUUCAUAAACACGGUCCUGAAGGUCUCGGGACGAUAGUGGAUGCUCCGCGCUUUCUAUUCAACGAUCUCGACGCCGACGAUGCCCAGAAGUGGACGGCGACGCUAACGGCAUCCCCGAUAAUGACCACUCCGCUCACCAACGAUCCUUACAAGACACUGCCGUGUGCAUAUCUCGUGCUGGAGAACGACCGCACACUACCCUGUGAGUAUCAGGAGAAGAUGGUGGAGUUGCAGACGCAGGCAGGGGGCACGUUCACCAUGUACCGUGCGGCGGCGGGUCACUCGCCGCAUCUAAGCUGGACGGGGGGAUUGGUGGAUCGGAUGGAGGCGUUUGUGGAUAGUCUGAGGGAUGGUCAGUGACGGUCUAAUGGGAGUGUUGUUUCGGUCGUGUAGAUCACCUGUGCUCGUUGGAUGCAGAGAGCCGAGUAUGCACUCUAUACCAAACGUACGAUCCAGGAUGGCCCUAUUGUAAGACAAGGUAGCAUUGCAUCAUUUCCUUCUCAUUUAUUGACGGUCUCAGCUAGUUG